AUGGAAGAAAAUGCCGAGGUCGAGAGGAAAUUGAGCUCCGAAAUCUUUGAGCUAAAGACCGAGUUGACAACGAAAGCCACCGAACUGAGGGCUCAAAUAGAAUUUGAAAAAGAAAACAAAACGGGCGAAAUCGCGAAGUUGCUGCCAAAUUCAAAUCGAACGACGACCUGGAAUCUGGAUGGCUGGUUGUAUUUGGGAAAAACCGGCUCUUGGUACAAGGCUUUCGAUCAAAAAAUGACAUUUGAUGAAGCCGUGGCAUAUUGUGGGAGCAGGCAGAGCCAUUUAGCCACAAUUCACAGUCAGGAAGAGAACAAUUUUGUUCAGAAAGUCGCAAAGUCUGUUAACUCGUUUGAUUUCUUCUGGAUCGGACUAAAGAGAAAUCCGAACAAAGAAAAUGUUUUUGAAUGGAUGGAUGGAAGCCCGGUGGAUUUCACGAAUUGGAAGCCUGGAGAACCGGAUUCGAACACCCACGCUUUUGUGAGAUCUUCAACG